ACGCUCUGACGUCACCCCGACAACCGUUUCCGAGCCACCCCUUACCUGGUCCGAUAGACAAACCAGUAAUCCUCCGAUCCGGACUGUGACAGCUCUUGGUUUUGUUGUUGCUCCUCUGGUUGUUAGCUCUCGGCACGUUAUAAAGAUUUAGCAUUUUGUGCCUUUCCUAGCUGUACUGAUAACAUCGCCGGGCUGUCAAACAAACUGACGUUAGCUGCUCUCUCCGGCUAACCGGUAACAACACAGCUGACGGAACCCUGAGCUCGUUAGCCAGCUAGCCCAGCUGUCUCUCUCUGCCCUUUGUCUUUACGAAGCUAAGCAAACCAAGAUAGGCGGCUUGGGAACCAAGAUGUCGAACCGAGUGGUGUGCAGAGAAGCAAGUCACGCCGGGAGCUGGUACUCUGCUUCGGGCUCCCAGCUGAACGCACAACUAGAAGACUGGCUGUCCAAAGCACAGUCCACAAUCAGACCUGCUAGAGCCAUCAUAGCGCCGCAUGCUGGCUAUGCCUACUGUGGUGCUUGUGCAGCACAUGCCUACAAGCAGGUUGAUCCCUCUGUUACUCGUAGGGUGUUCAUCCUGGGACCUUCACACCAUGUGCCCCUCUCCCGCUGUGCCCUGUCAACUGCAGAAAUCUAUAAAACACCUCUCUAUGACCUGAGAAUCGACCAGAAGGUUUACGCUGACCUCUGGAAAACUGGGUUGUUUGAGCGGAUGAGCAUGCAGACAGAUGAAGAUGAGCACAGUAUUGAAAUGCACUUGCCUUACACUGCUAAAGCCAUGGAGAGCCACAAAGACGAGUUUAGCAUCGUCCCUGUGCUCGUGGGUGCCCUGAGUGAGUCGAAGGAGCAGGAAUAUGGGAAGCUGCUCAGCAAGUACCUGGCCGACCCAUCCAACCUUUUCAUUAUCUCGUCUGACUUCUGCCACUGGGGUCAGCGCUUCCGCUACACGUACUACGAUGAAUCCCAAGGGGAGAUCUACAGGUCUAUCGAGCACCUUGAUAAAAUGGGGAUGGGCAUUAUAGAACAGCUGGAUCCCAUGUCUUUCACUAACUACUUAAAGAAGUACCGCAACACCAUCUGUGGGCGUCACCCGAUUGGAGUGCUGCUAAAUGCUGUGGCUGAACUGAGGAAGUCUGGUUUAGAAAUGAACUUCUCUUUCCUGAACUACGCCCAGUCAAGUGAGUGCAGGACCUGGCAGGACAGCUCCGUGAGUUACGCUGCCGGGGCACUCAUCGUUCAUUGAGGUCAACUUUCGCAGGGGCCACUGCAGCGCCAUCACCCUGCCCUUACUAUCUAUCGCCAUAAUCUGACCCAGACACCCUCCCUCUCACCCCACCCUCAGUUAUGCCCACUAUUUGCAGGAAGGACCUAGACACUCAAAGCCAAUACAGUCUUCUUUCUCUCUCUCUCUCUUUUUCUCUCUCAGCUCUCCUUCGCCUUUCUCCACCCUCCUCUCUGUUUGAAGUGUGUCUCAGAGCUUUUGGUUGAAACAUUUCAUUUGAAGUGCAGUUUUGAGAUUAUGUAAGGGCGAACGGUUAGAGGAGAUAGAUGGGAAGAAUGCAUAUUAGUUUGGAGUAAGCGUUAGGGGGGGAAUCUAAUUUCGUUUUUUUGCAAGGACUGUAGUUGUCCUUUUAGUUCCUUUUUGUUAUGCUGACAAACGGAUGGAUUUGACUUGUAAUAAUGCAAUCCUUACAUUUGGACUCGAUCUGUGCUCAUGUACUUUGCCUCAGAAAAGGAAUCGAAAUAAAACUGCAGAUCUUCACGGAGAAUAUUGAAAUGUUGCCAGAUGAAAAUGAAAUGAGUGUUUUGACUGACUGCUUCAAGCUGCAUUCAACUCUGAAACUUUGAAAAUAGUGUCAUAGGUAAUUACUACCAUUGCUCAACAUAUGUUGUAGUUGCUAACAAAGGGCUGCACUCAACAAAGUUCACUAACCCCCUACUGUACAAACCAAAAACUUUAUUACUCUGAGUUUAUUAAAUAUUAUCUUUUAUUCACAUUUUAUUCCUUUUAUUUCUCCAGUUUUCAGUAGUUCUAUUAGAUGUGAUGGUAUUUACUCAAGUAGUGUGUAGAGUUGAACAAAAGCAGUGUUGUCAGGUUAAGUUAAAGCCAUCAACAUGGUUUGCCCAAUAAAUUAGUGCGUGCAACACUGCUCCCAGAUUCCAAUUCUGUUCUUGUAGCAUUAUCGAUAUGUUUUUGUGUGGGCCAGAUUACAAUUUCAGAAAUGUAAUCAAAGCUGGAUAUUGUGCAAAUUACUCCAACACUGACACCUCUAGUCUUUGUUUACACUGCCACCUUGAAUCUGUAGCUAUUGAAUUGUCAGCAUAGGAGACUUGAGCAAAGAUUUCUUUUUUUGCUAGACUUGUAGAAAAUGUCUUUUGUUACACAUUCAGUUCUGUGAGAGCAGCAGAGCUUUUGGUGAAGGCCUAGAUGGUUUGGUUAAAUUGUAGGAGGCUGUUUAUACAUCUGUUCACUAGGUAGUAAUUUACAUUUUAGAUUUAAGAAUGCCAAAAGUUAUCGGGAAGAUUUAAAUCUUCAUCCUUAUUUAGAAUUUUGCUUUCCAGUUUUGUUGCUUCUCAGUCUAUGAGAAUUCACCUCAAAAUUACUCUUGAGGAAGGAGGAGUAUCAAUUAGGCGAGGUUAGCUUAGUAAUAGUUUUAAUAUCAGCACAAAGUCAUAAUGCUUUGCUAAAAGGUUUAAGAAUCUACCAAGAAAAAAGUGACAGAUUUUGCUCCCUGCUGUAUUUUAUUGGAUCUGACAUGAAUAUGAAAUGAAAACAUGAAUAUUUGUAUUAUGAAAUGUCAAGCAUGAGGAUCACAAUUAUUAACAAAAAAAAAAGUUGUGUGUUUGUAGUGUAAUGUAGUCCUGCUGCCUGAAAUAGAUUAAGAAAAUGCGCACAAAAGCUGAAUGCAAAAAACCUGAUGAUUCAUAGUGGCAGUAUAGGCUUUCAAUGAUAGUAUGAUAUAGGCAGCACACAAUGUCUGCUGUCCUGUCGUUUGAUAUUUGAAUAUCACUGACUGGCUUUUGCUGCUGAAGUCAAGUGUUCCCACUUAAAUGAUGCAGUCCUCUAACAUCCCUCUCAGCACCAUAAGAGGCAUCACACUCAGCAUUACGCUACAAUGUCUGGUUGAACCAAGUGGGCACAGACUGACGUUAAUUUAAGGGAAACUAGUAAAGCAUGACACACUGUGCUAUUGUGCCUUUUAUCACUGUUGCACAUAUACAUAUAAAGUGUAUUCUCACUUUUAGUCUUAUUUUAGAAUGUGUUCUUUCAGUUUUUGUUUUUCCACACGUACCCUCCUCCCCCCAUGCCCAGUGCCCAACAGUGUCUCCAGCUCACCCAGCACUCUCAGGAGUGUCCCCCUCAUCUGUUGUUCUAAAAUGGCACCAACUGUUAUCUCCUUUCUCCAGCAGGGAGUGGUGUUCUGUUUUCUCCACCCUCACCUCAUUCCUGUAGAGAGACAAAGGCUGAACCUCAACACUGUUCAUUUUCUGUUUAUGGAUCUUUGUUUGUCUUUUUAGGAAAUUGUUUUUGUAUUAUUUUCUUUUCUUGCUUAGAGAAUAGGAACUUAAACGUCACAAACCUAAAAUAUACUACUUAACUACUCCCUAAAUGGAGUUAUUUUUAUCUCAGGUUCCACUGAAAAAGCAUCCCUAAAGGCUCUUCAGAAAAAGCCGUGGAUUCAUGUUACAAAACAAGUAAAGUGUACUGAAAAGCA